AUGAAGUCCUCUCUAGUGGUUUUGGUUUUGGGUGCCGUUGUGGCAGGUGUGAUGGCUGAUGGCGAGUACGCACCACCUGCUUACGAAAAGAAAUACGACGGCUACUUCCAAUACGCCAACGUGCCAGGAGAUACCGAAUACGAAUUCGGUUACAACCGCGGAAAUCCUUCCCACUACACUUCACGCUACGAACAAUCAAAGGACAGCCGUUUCCGCACCAAGGUCAAGUGGGCUGAUAGCUACGAUGGUUACGGUGAGCACUAUUGGGAAUACAACCAUGGUGACAACUACGCUCCCGCCUACCCCGCUCCCGCUUAUAAUGCUCCCGCUUACUCCGAGCCGGCCGCCACUUACGAACAACCCCCUGGCAAAUUUUAA